UGUAUGUAUGUAUUAAUGUAUACAACAAUUACAUGUCUACAAAAAGAGACAACCGUCCUUUUACGAACAAAUACGAUAGUCCGAAAUUGACAUUUUAAGUUAUUUCUUUCCUUUGGUAUAUGAUAGAUUGAUUAGGGGUUAGCGCAUUCACGAAAAGGAAAAGAUACAAAGUUCUGGUUUGAGAUAUUCAAUAAAAAUUAUAAGAUAUUUUCAUUAUAUAUUUUACUUGAUAACUAGUUUAAUUUAUUUUAUAACUAAUUUAAAUAUUUAACUCAAUUAUGUUUAAACAAUUAAUAUUAUUUAUAUGAAAACUUCUUGUGAGAUACUCAGUAAUGUGAAUGCUCGUAUAAGAUGUCAUUUCAUAACUGGCUUUUUUCUUCCAAAAAGGGUUAUUAUCGCUACUAAUUUGAAUGAAGUUUAGCAUACUCCAGGAAUCUUCUUCAUCUUCAUUCAAGGGACUUAAUAAUCUAUUUAUCCACCUCUCCAGUUCCUUGGUUUUAAGUCAGUCUGGUUUAGCUCUAAUAUCCCAAAGCAUGCUUUCUUGGCAUAGGUUGUAACUCUCAAUAUAAGGAACAUGCUACUGGGGUGGGGUAUGAAUGUUCCAAGUGUCUUUCGUCUUUGCAGUAUUGCGAUGAAUCGAGAGCACACUUGUUCUUUCAAUGUUCAUUCUCUAGUGAAGUUUGGACUUAGGCUUCUCAAAAUGGGAAAGUUAAAUUAGUAUGCAAGAUUUUGCUACAUGCGGUAUGCUACAUUCUUUGGCGUGAGAGGAACUUGAGACUGCAUAACUCAUCAAGUAGGUCAGUUCAGCUUCUGAUUAGAGAAAUCCAAGUUGUCAAAGAAAACUACAUUCUUGGGAUUGAAACACUUCACAAAAUCAACGCUCAGCACGACCUCAAACCAUCCAGCAAUCCUACCUUGCUGUUUGGUUUCGCUAUUUCCAGCCAUAGCAUGACUAUCACCACAAAGCUUUCUUUCACGUGUGUUUUUUUUGUCGGCUUUUAUUAUAUGAUUAAUGUAAUUAAACAUAAGUUCCUUUCAAGGGAGGAAAACAAAUUUAUAAAUGGUAUUUACACAAAACAAAAUUUUGAAUGAAGUUGCGGAUAUGUAUUCGUAUUGUGUAGGGCUAGGCUGCUAGCUCUGUAAUAUAAAACAAAGACAUCGUUCUCACCUUGUCACUCAUAUAUUUUAAUAAUUUGCAUUUAAACUUUAAUUAGCUAAACGAUAUAUAUGUUGCACAAAAAAAAGCUAAACGAUAUAUAUAAACUAACCGGACCUUGAACCUCCGAGGUACAUACUGCGUUCAUCAUUGUAAUAAUUAAUUGAGAAAUAAUACUGCCGUACAUAAACUUGGUGUAGAAAUGAAGAAAACAGGAAUGGUUGAUUGUUUGAUUCCAAGUGAAAAUUGAUUUUUUUUCUUAAGGAUGUGUUUUAUAUGUGCAGAGAAGAAUAAAGAAAACUAGCCACCGGUUUUUAAGGGGUGUAUUCAACUGAAAGUUUUAGGUGAUUUGUAUUAAAAUAACAAAUUCACUGUUAUUCAAAUAAAAAUUUUAAAAAUUCAUUUAAAAUUCAUUGUUAUUGAAGUUAACAUUUCGUAGAGUACUCUAAAAUCUACUGUUAUUGAAAAUAUUUUAAGUUGUGAAGUUUAAAAAUUUUGAAGAAAGAAGCAGGAACGAAUAUAUAUGAUCGCUUAUGGUGUCGAUAGUUUUAGUUUUUUUUUGACACCUAAUUAUACUUAGCACUUGAUGAAGCUAUUUAAUGGAAUUACAAUAAUAAAACCAAGAUCUCUUUUUCCUUCAAUUUGUGUGAAUAGGCAUAUGAACGUGGAAAGAGAAAUGAAAGAAGAUAUGUUGAAGAAAAAGCGUGGGGGAUAAACACAUCUUUAUCUUGACUUGUUUCGGCCAGAUAAAUAUGUAAAGGGUAACUUUGCCAUGUAAUCAUAUAAACAAUCCAUAUAUAGUCUUUCUGUAACAAAUCUAUUAAAAGAACAAAUUCAAUUCAGUUUUAAAAGAAACUAGAUCUGGACCCGCCCGACCGGGCGGGUGUAUUUUUCUGUUUACGUAAUGCAAUUAAAAAUUUUCACACUUUAUAUAAUGUAUCAAAUUUUUAUACAAAUGAUGACAAAAAUACAUCACAUAAUACAAAUAUUGCUGUAACAUAAUUUGAUCACACCGUGGCAUUUCUAAUGUUUUACCUGUUAUUUAUCUUAGAUCAUCACUUAAUCAUCCUUAUCUACUUUACUAAAAUUCAAAAAAAUACAAAGAGUAGAACUAACAGUUUGAUCAGUUAAAACCAUUUCUAAUGUUUCAUCAGCGUAAGGUGGGUUUUGUAUCCAUGAGUGAAUCAGUUUUACUUGAACAUGCCACACUUCCUUAAAGGGUUUAAGAUCGCUGAUCAAAUGAAAUCUUUUGUUAGCAGACAUGAUUUUUUUGUGAGGUAAGUCGUAAAAGAAUGUGUAGAAUGAGUUUGUACUCGGAUAGAAUAUAUAGUAGAGAGACAAUACCCUAGUUGAGAAUAAAUAUCUUUGCUUAUUUUGCAAGGCAUAUUAGGUGAAAUAAAUGAAAAGAAUAUUUUGUUGAUUAUGUUUCUUGUUUUUGAAAUUAUGGUAAAAUCUUAAUGGUUAUGAUUUGAAAUAGGAAAUGAUAAGAUUUUAUGCUUGUUCCGCAAGUGUGUGGGUCAAUUUUUUUAACGCAAUACAAAACGCUAAAGUUGAGGAAAUAUCUUAACCACCCUCGUAAGGCAUCUCUUGUUUGCAUUAGUAUGCAGAAUAUGGUGUUGAAAUUCGAAUAUUAUGUUUAUUGUUUAGUAGUUAUAGAUCAAAUUAUAUAUAUAUAUAUAUAUAUAUAUAUAUAUAUAUAUAUUCCUUGUUCCGAAAUUGAAGGGGAAAUCUUAUUUAGAAACAAAUUAGUAAAUUCAGCAAAUAUUUCUAUUUUUUUUCCGAAGAUUGUUAGGGAAAAAGAUUUUCAAUUCACAAAUAUUAGAUUUUAAUAAGAUAGAUAAUGAUUAUUAAUUAUUUGGACAUAGGGAAGUCAGUGGAAUAUUUCAAUAUAAUAAAGUGGUUACAAAUAUGCUACAGACACCACCGUGAAAUUAAGUGAACUGAAAUUGUUCAACUCGUGUGAGAAUCAUUGUUAAUUUUUCUUAGUUUAAUUACUUAUAUAAUUUGAUGUUCGUGCAGGUUACGUAAGCUAAGGAUGAGAUUUAUAUAAUAAGCAAUGUUAGGGUGUCGAUACUGCAGGAGAAUUAUUUAUGUUUGUUCAUUUAUUUAAAAAUAUGUAGUUUGUUUGAGUUUAUUAAUAAUAUGUUUCCUUUUUUUGUGGUUAGUUUGAGUUAUUUUAGGAAAACAAUGAAUAAGUGGAAAAGACAAUCAUUUUUAAUGUAAAACUAAUUUAAUUCUCAAUGGCAUUUGACUGUAAAUAUUAUGUAACUUUUAGGGUUAUUCUAUAAGUGUACUUCUGUUUUAAUAAAGUAGAUUUUACUUGGCCACUUAAUUUAACGACCAAAGCAAGAUGCACUCAGUAAAACAAGAUCGGUUUAUGGUCAAUACCAAAAUUUAUUACUGAACUAAAUUCAUACAAAUUGGUUAAAAUUAAACGUUUUGAUUUUGACAAAGGUUCAAAUUGAACGUUUAACUUGGACAUACUAGAUUUUUCAUAUUUUAUUUACAAACAUAUUUUAAAUGAAUCAUGCAUGUGUUAGUAUAAUAAUAUAAAAUCAAACUGAUAGACUUAGAUAAUAUACAAACUAUUUAAAAACAGAAACUAAAUUUUUGGUUGGACGAGUUUCAAUCCAUCGACCGUUUUGGUAUCAAGUCAUGCUAUCGUAAUUAUGACGUUUCCUGAUCUCAUAAGUAUACGUCGUUGAUGAUUCGUUAAACUUAGCAGAUUGUAGGUUAGUUAAUAUAGUGUAGGACUAAGUUAAGUUAAGUGAGUCUUUCUCGAAAAAAGUAAGUUAAGUGAGCCUUCAAUAAUUGAUGAGCACUUUCACAGUUAUAACAAAAUCCGCAAGAAAGAAUACGCAAGGCACAAUUUGUUUAUUGUACAAUUAGGGAAAAAGGAAGACCACAAAUAGAAUAAUAAAAUAAAUAAUUAAGGCAAGCUGUCUUGAAUAAACCAAGACGGAAGAUCGUCCCCUUGAAAGUUGAACCUGUAUAUGAUAAGGCAGUGAUCACGACAGCGAAUAUGUAAUGAUAACCUAUCUUGACCGUAAUUCCAUCCGUAGUCGACGCUUAAAGCAACUCCAUCUCAAAGUUUACGAUAAGUAUCUAACGUGAUAUGUCAAACUAUAUCCGACGUUAGAAAAUUAGACAUUUGGAAAAUAAACUAAAAGUAGUUUGUCUAAGGUCCAAAAUUGACAACAAUAUCGAAUUAGACAUGGAUUAAAUAAAUCCCAACAUGUAAUAACUUAAUAACUUAACCAACAAAAUGAAAGGAGAACAAGAAAAAGUUCUCGUUUGAUAGCAUAGAGAACCUUAUUUCCAUAGCUCAGAUAUUUAAUUUAUAAUUAAAUUUAAUUAGUUAAACAAAACUAAUUAAGAUAAUAAUAAUUUAUUAUUAAGAAUCUUUUUUUAUUGAGAUCCCAAUCGAUAAGAAUGUUGCUAUGUUAUUAUUUUUCUCAAAAUAAUAUUCAAUUUUAAAGAAAGUCUCCGUACAUUGACAAAAACUAAAAAAUGUUAUUUAUAAGAUUUGUCCUUCUUAUUUCUAUUUUUUUUCUCAUGGUUAAGAAAUUUUCAAAUGUCACAGGCAUGUCCAAAAUUAUGGCUGGAUAAAUAAACUGAAUCCAAACUUAUAAAUUGAACUAAAAAAUAAAUUCAAACUUAUCCAAAUCUGACAUAAAUACCGAAUGGAUAUUGCUUUAUGAUAUUUUGGAUUAUGAGUUUUUAUCCGAUCCGAAUCCAAAUAGAUAUCCAUAAAAAAUCUGAGAAAUUCAAAAUCCGGAAAAGAAGUCGUACCAAAUACAAUCUCAUUCCCGAAUGUGUAUCCAAAUACAUGUAAUAAUUAUCUAUUGCAUGAAUAAUUACACAAACAUGUAGUUUAUGUUUUUGGUAUUUGGUAAAUAUUUAUGUUUUAUGUUUUGAAAAUUACAUAUAAAGUUCAGUUAUGAAUAAGUUUACUCAUAAAUUUUAAACAAUGCUGUUUUAUUUUAAAGUUUAAAUAAUAUUUUUACGUUUAUAGAGUUCGUAGUUGUCAAUUUUAAUUUGCUUACGUUUCAUUAUGUAUUGAUUCUUUUUCAUACAAGGUUUUGGUAUGUUAUGAUAUGUUUGACAUUGUCAUAUAUGGUUCAGUGACUAUGGUUGAUAGACGAGUUUCCCAAAAUUAUUUUGAAAGAACAUAAUAUGUUUUCAUGAAGCCAGGUACACAAAUUUAUUGAAAAAACUGAAAAUAUAUUGAAUUUAAUCAAAUACAAAUAAAUAUUUUUAGAAACGAUAACUCGAUUAAUAUAUCUGAAACCAAAAGUACUGUGGAUGCAGCCAGUAACUAAAUCAAAACUGAAUUUGACUAAAUUCGAAUCGAGCCCAAUCGGAAGUUUUAAAAUAUUUAAAUGGAACUGAAAUUAUGAACCAGAAAAUCUGAAACUCAAAUGAAUCCGAACCAAUAAUUGAGAUCCUGAUUGUCCAACCCUAUCCAAAACUCAGAACCAACGUGUUUAUAUGGAUUAUGGACUUUAUUUAUUUUUCCGUUUUUCCCAUUAGUGCGUUUUUCCACCGGCCAAUCUUUACUCUCUUUUUGUGACAUUCAGGGGUCAACCUUUUAAAGACAAUUUUUUUUUGAGAAAGACAAUAGUUACUUCCUUUUUUGGGGAUGCAAAUGUUAAAAAGUUACUUUCAUAUUGCAAACAUCUGAAAGCAGCAGCCGCAUAAUGAUAAAAUAGCAAUCUUUCUUGGAAAAUUUAUUGUACAACUUACAUCUCUAUCUCUCUACAGAUUUCAUAAAGUAUACUUUUGGAUAAACUUUUUUUUGGUGCAAAACCAUAUAUUAAUUGAAAGUGGGUGAAGUCCAAACUAGAGUCUUAUUUAGUCCAUUAAAGGCCUGAUGCAACCAAAAAAGAAAGAGCGUAGGAUUUCUUUUGCUAAGCUAUCUGCUUGCAAAUUCUGUGUUCUAGGAAAUUAAUCGAAAGAGAUAGAUUGAAAAAUAGAGGAGAUCUGUUGGAUGUUGAAGACGAUUCUGAAGAUUUCCUUCUCCUGUUGUUUGUUGGUGAUAGCUCUGAUGAACGUUGAAGUGUCUGAUAGCAGUAACAUAGAGGUGUGAGAACUCCAGAGAAGCUGCCAUGAUGAUCCCUGAUCUAACAGCUAGUGCCUCAACCAUCAGAGGUGAAGCGACCGGUUCUUGUAUCUCAGUGCCUUGUUGCAUCUCGUUGGACUCGUCAAUAUCCAAGUGAGGCAUGCUCUCCUUGUUUUCCUUAUCCCAAGACGUGUCUGUCUUUCAAUUGAUCGUGUUGGAGGGACGUGAUUGCGCCAUCAGAGGUGGUUGCUGCUGCAGAAAGAUCGGGUCAUGCAAAUUCGCCAUCUGCUUUGGUUUCUUUGCUUGAGCCAGAUUGCAUUCUCUUGCCAGGAUGAUGCCUUUUGUAACUCUUUCACCAGGAGCAGAAUUCUGAUCCUCAAAAAUCAAUUUGUUUCUUGUCGUCCAGAUAAGCCAGCAGGUCCAAGGGAGUAUAGGAGUGAGGGAGGUAGACAGAUUGAUUUGGAUAAACUAUUUACAAGUUUGUAACUAUUCCCUACAAGGCUACAACUACAAUAUUUAAUUUGUAUCUCCCUAGAGAAAUUCGCGUCUAGAUGAAUAUUUUGCAUAACAUAAUAUAUGUGUAUAUAUAUCAGUACUGAUCCCAAUACAAACUGGACCGGCAUUAUGAGAACCUAAAUAAUUUGAUGGUUAUCACUUGUUAUCUAGUUUGUGGUCACACUUAUCAUAUACAAGAUCGAUUAAAUUUUUAAUUUUAAUCAUAAAUGUAUUAUUGUUUAUGAUUAACUAUUUCUCAACCCUUUCACCAAUAAAAAUUCAUUAAACAUAAUUAAUUUUUCAAAUUUUACAACUUACCAUCAUCACCUAAUAAAAAUGCAUUAAAAUAUUUUUAAAAUUAUAUUCUUGAAAUAUUUUUGUUAAGUCAUGGAUGUUUGGAAACUGAAGGAGUAAUAUUUAUUAACUCUGUAUCUAACAAAUUAGAUAAAUAAUUUUAUAAAAUCUAAUAAACUUAUAUCUCUUAAUUACUGGAUAUAAAUUUUUCCAUUAUCAUUUUCGAUAUUGGAUUUUACAGUUAAAAUUUUAGUAGAUAAUUAAUACAAAAUUUUGUUAUUUUACUCCCCCACAAACAAUCCAGGAAUAUACGUGUAAAAUGUGUCAGAAUUUAUAAAAUUAUGCCUAAUUUUUGGUAUUUUCUUAAUCUCUAUUUAACAUAUAGUUAGCCAAUUUUAUUAAAUAUAAUGAACUUAUGUAUCAUUAGCUGGUUGGAUAAUAUUUUUCUCAUUGAAUUUUAUUAUAUAUUUAUUUUGGAUUUAUAGACACACGUUUAGUUUAAACUUAAUACAGCUUUUCUAAGACAGUCAUUUCUAAAAUAACUGAUAAUGCAUAGCUGUUUUAGAUAAAUUAAAAUUUUACUUAUGUACACAUAAAAUUUUAAGAGAUAAAUCAAAACAAAUAAAUCUAAGAAUAUAUGAAAAUUAAGUUUUUUUAUAAAAAAAAUAGAAAAAUUGAGAAAGUUAAAUAUAAGAAAUAUAUAUUUAUAAAACAAGCAAUGAAAUUGAGUAAAGUUUUAUGUUUAAUUGCAAAAUUCAUUAAUUUGAUUAAGUUGAGAUUUUUUUUUCUUAUCACAUGAUUAGAGAAUCAUAUUUAAUAUAAAUAUAUAAUACUAUAUACAAACAUUAAACACAUAUGAAUCAUAUAUGGUCUUUAUAAAUGAUUGGGUAUUAUUAUACUAUGAAUUGCUUUUCUGGUUAAGUAUUGUAUUUUUCUUUAUGUGUGCAUAUACGUUUAAAAUAAUAGUUUUUCUCUGUUUAAUAUGCCUGAGUGUGUAUAUAUGUGUUUUAGGCUUUUGAAUAUAUUUAUGCUGGAAAUAUUGCGUACUUGGUCUCUUUCGCUAUUUCAAACAUACGAAGAUGAAUUGCUGCUUUCCGCCUUCAGGAAAAAAUAUCAUUAUUAGGUAAGUAUAAUUUCUAUUUGUAACAUGUUUAAGAAAAUUAUGUUUACAACUCACUAUUCUUCGAUAUUUUCUAGUACAUUGGAUGUUGAAUUGAAGAUACCAGAUUGUAACAAAUGCGAGAAAGGCAUGAUUGCUGUUAUUUCCAACUUCAAAGGAGUUGAAUCUUAUACGAAGGAUACAGAGAAUCAAAAGGUUGCGGUUUCUGGAAGUUUUGACCUGGAGAAGUUGUUGAAAAAACUCAAAAAAGUAACAGGCGGCAAAGGAGUGGAGGUUGUGAAGGAAGAAGAGAAAGAUCCUGAACCUGAAAUAGUUGAGGUUGUUAAAGAGAAAGAUGAAGAAACUGAAGUGGUUCAAGAAGUUAAAACAGAAGAGAAUGCACGACCUGAAGUGGUUUUCGAACCAAACAGUGAUGAGCAAAAGGAAAAAGAGAAGUACAUGCUGUUCAGUGACGAGAACCCUAACGCCAAGUGUACUAUUUCGUAAGCGUAGUUUGGCAUUUCGUUUUAUUUCAUUUAAUAUCUAAAUCAAUUAGAAAAAAGUUUCUAGUCGAGAGUUUCUAGAAUGACAAGUUUUGUAUUUCUUGUUCAUUCACUUAUUAUUUCCCAUCUAAUUGUUCAAGUUAAAAAAAAUAUGAAUUUUUGUUUUGUUUUUGUAAAUCGUUUGUCUUGAGCCGGUUUUUAAGAAUGGAGGUGUAAUUUGAAAAAGAAAUAGUGAAUGUAAGCAGGUUUAGCACAUGUUAUUAAUGUGUCUGGGUCGGACCGUGGCUCAACGUUGAGGAAGGAAUUAGCCCGUUUACCGGUUCGACCGACUGUCUAAUUUAUCAACACUCCUUGUUCCAACUUCCCAGACAUCUCAACCAAAGGUUUAUAUGAAAAACAGAUGAAAAUGUAUUCUUUCGAUUUCUUUUUAUAAACAAAAAAACAUAAUUAACUAUUUAACCAACCAUAUUUCAACCAAAUAGAAAAAACAUUGCAAAACAUAAAAAAUUAUAUAACAUCAAAAUUAGUAAAUUUUAUAUUAAAAGCUGAAAACGUCCUAUAAUUAAAAACAAUUUUUUUUUUCUAAAACGUUAUCUAUUAAAAACGGAGGGAAUAUUUGAUUUUUACAAAGAUGUUAGAUAUGGUUGUACAGCUCGAUCUCAAUCACACACACCCCUUAACAAAGUUUACAUUACAACUAAUCUUUGCACACACA